CGUUACCCUACGGAAUGGCGUUCUUCGGUCAUGGUGGCGGCUCACGUGGUGUCGGCGGCGGUCAGAAGAAUCUCGUAGAGUUCAGAGCUGGAAAGCUCAAUCUCAAAGGCCGCAUGCUUUACGCCGACAAACGUAAGGGUUUGGUGUACGUACAGCGACGCUCCGAGGAGGGACUGAUGCAUUUUUGCUGGAAAGACCGCACAACCGGAGUCUUGGAAGACGAUUUGUUUCUAUUUCCUGAAGAUGCAGAGUUUAAACGCCUUCCUCAGUGUACAACUGGUCGAGCAUACAUCUUGAAGUUUAAGACGUCUAACCGGCGUCUUUUCUUCUGGAUGCAAGAGCCGAAAGCGGACAAAGACGACGAGUUCUGCCACAAGGUCAAUGAAGCGUUGAAUAAUCCAGAUGCUGCAGUGGCUGCUGCUAUGGCCGAAGAAGGUGGUGGAGGAAUGAGAGGAUUGCCAUCCAAUUUGGCUAGUGCACUAGCUGGACAGUUAGGUAACAGCAAUCUUGCGAACCUCGUAGGCAACAUGGAUCAGCAGCAGCUGCUUCAAUUGCUUGGUGGUGGCGCUGGUGGAUACGCAGAUCUUGCCACUCUUGCCGGUCUCACUGGCUCUCCUCCAUCGUCUGCACCAUCGUCGGCCGGUGGAAGAUCACGAGAGAGCGCGACACCAGCAACAGGACAACCAAGUGCAAUCACAUCAGCAGCUUCUCUGCAAACACCAGCAACCAUGGCAUCUCAUGUGCAGCCAAAUGCUUUGUCUCGACACGCUAUGAUGGCAUCAGCAGACUCAUCUAGCUUCUCUUCCUCACAGUCUCAACCUGCCAGAGUUCAACUGAGUGAUCUACAGAAGGCUUUGCAAAGUGUUUCAGGUGCUUCCGCUGAGAAGGAAACACAACUGGAGAUGUCUCACGUGUUGUCUUCGGAGGCGGCAAGACAGCUUCUAUCCCAUCCGGUUGUGAGGCAACGUUUACAGCCUUUCAUGCCCGAGGGAUUAGGGCAAGAUGAAGAAAGCAUGACUGAAGUUGUGAAUUCUCCACAAUUUCAACAAGCUCUUCGCAUGUUUGGUACUGCACUACAGACGGGGCAACUUGGACCCGUUGUGGGUCAGUUUAACAUUUCUGAAUCUGCUAGAAUGGCAGCGGUAGAAGGAGAGUCUUGGUACCGUUAAACAAUCAGAGAUGUAGAUGGCUAUGCAGCACUGAAAAGAGAAGACAGAAAUGGAAAAACACGAACAGGAAGUUUUGCUGAGUGACCGAACACCCACAAUCAUCCCUCUAGUCUUUGAAUAUUUUGGUCGUUGGGGUGAGUUGGCAGAAUUGUUUCUGCAAGAACUGGCGAAGAGGCAAAAGCUACUGGAGAUACAAAAACAGCAGUAGAAUUUCUCACUGAUUGGAGACGACACCUUUCUGUUCUGUUACAGACAUGUACAGCCAAGUGACCUUACAAAGUAGCUUACCUCUCACGUGUUCAAGUAGAGAUAGGGAUAUUCAGUUUUAAUUCAUUAGGUCUGAAUGGAUUUGUUUACUUUUGAAGAUUUACUGUAGUAUUUUGCGUACAAUUAUCGGAAUCUGGCAUUUAUCCAAUUCAGGCAUUCAAUUAUCAGGUUCGGGCAUUCAAUUAUCCGAUUUAGGGAUUCUGUUAUCCGAUUUAGGCAUUCUAUUAUCCGAGGUUCUGUCACAGAAGUACCAAAUUUAUAUAACUUAUAGCAAUAAUUAUUUCAGUCUGAUACGUAAAGUCAAAACUGCACACAUUUCUUUCAUGACGUCUUACUAUGAUGCUCACUCACGUUUCAGCUAAACAAUAAAUGAUUGAUUCAAUCAAGGGGGGAAGGCAAUAAUUAGUGAAAUUUCAAACUCUUUGAUUAGCUAAACACCGGCCAACGAUGCAUGAUGAACUGUUGCAUGGUAUCAGGCAGGAUUCGCGGCUUACAAAGUUUGUGGAUUACACCACACGCAAACUGAUUGACAGAGCAAGGUUUUGUAGAGGGAAACAUUUUGUUUGCUUUCUCUGGCAGCUCCCUCAGGGACGGCAGGAAGUUGUCACAUGUACAGGCAUGUAUGUAGUAGACAUAUGCCUGCGCUUCCGUAUACGUCGCCAUGUUGCUGUGUUUGUGCAUUUAAACAUACAACACCACAUCAGAAACAUCGGCGGCAUGCUCUUCUUGUAUACUACCUCAUGUGCCAAAGUCACGUGCAACCACUAAUGCCACUAAUGUGGUUGUAAUACUACUCUCUACAGCGUUAGAAUGGCGUUACACUAACAUGAUUAGGACUGGUGUGAACACGCUCCUAGUUAAGUAAACCUCCGCGGAAACUUCGGACACCAAGGUUAGUGCAAAUCCAAGUACCAUACAAUGCACACUAAAAAUUCACGCUAACUUUAACUACAAAUUAUUGCAUCUAGACAGCUGAUGAAUGAUGAUAUUUGAGCAGCUGCCCAACCGCAGAUUACGUAAGUUAUUUAGUUUUCAUUGUGCAUUGCACAGCCGUAAGGAACGGAUAAUUGAAUGCCCAAUUUGGAUAAUUGAUUGCCUGAAUCGGAUAAUUGAAUGCCAAGUUCUAUAGUUGUGUCUAUAGUUGUGUCUCUUCUGUCUGUCUUUCUGUGUGUCUAUCUUUCUGUUCGUCUGUCUGUCUGACUGUCAAUGGUAGUAUAUAUUUCAAACACAAUCACUAUUACACGCAAAGAUAAAGUAGCUAGUUACCAGCAAACUUUGAAAGAGAGUUUAAUAAGCCCUAUAGGGCCGCUGUACUUAUUAAUCUAAUGUAUACAACUGAGUUACAGAGCCACCUAUGCCAUUAUAAUGACUGGAAGCAGGAAUUAAAAUCUUCUUAGUGAUAGUGUUAGUGUUGUACCGCUACAAUGUUGUUGAAAAGCGGUUCCGUCAAAAGUGUAUGAAAUU